AUGAAUAGCGAACCUACUGCAACUGACGGAUACGCCCCAACAUACGUUACCGAGAAUCGGGAUGACGGGUAUAUGGCAGUUCCUGUAGUCAAUGCAUCAGUCAACUAUGAUCCGUGUUACUUUCGCCUGCGUAUGUAUGGCGAGGCGGACUAUUUAAUGAUCCACGAUCUGAAAAGCAAAGCCGAGAGACAUUUCUGCGAAUCGUUUCUGAAUUCCAUGGAAGCACCGCCCUUUGCAGAUAUCAUGGAGGAGGUGUAUUUAACCCGAGCCAACUACAAUGGACUGAGACAAUUAGCAAUCGAAAUGAUAUUGGAAAUUUCCCGCUUCUCCGGAAUACAACGCCGGUUUUUACGCAAGAACUGA